CCCCUGGCUGUAGCUGCUGCGGCCGCUGCCUCCGCUGCCGCUACCGCUGUAGCCGCUGCUGUCGCAGCCGCACUGAGAAGUGCUGUCGGCUCAGUGUUACUGGCCCUAAAGGCCUCCGUGCCAUCUCCUGUCCUCAUGGAUGAACUGCAAGACGUGCAGCUCACAGAGAUCAAACCACUCCUGAACGACAAGAAUGGUACACGAAACUUCCAGGACUUUGACUGUCAGGAGCACGACAUAGAAACAGCUCAUGGCGUGGUUCACGUCACCAUGCGAGGCUCACCAAAAGGGAACAGACCAGUUAUUCUCACUUAUCAUGACAUUGGCCUAAACCAUAAGUCCUGUUUUAAUGCAUUCUUUAACUUUGAAGACAUGCAAGAGAUUACCCAGCAUUUUGCUGUAUGCCAUGUGGAUGCCCCAGGCCAGCAGGAGGGUGCACCCCCUUUCCCAACAGGGUACCAGUACCCUACUAUGGAUGAGCUGGCUGAAAUGCUGCCUGCCGUCUUAACUCAUUUAAGCUUGAAAGGUAUCAUUGGAAUUGGAGUUGGAGCUGGUGCUUAUAUCCUCAGCAGGUUUGCUCUCAAUCAUCCAGAGCUGGUGGAAGGUCUCAUGCUCAUCAAUGUUGACCCCUGUGCUAAAGGUUGGAUUGACUGGGCAGCCUCCAAGUUCUCAGGCUGGACAACUAACAUCGUAGACAUUAUUUUGGCUCACCACUUUGGGCAGGAAGAGUUGCAAGCCAAUCUAGACCUGAUCCAAACAUAUCGACUCCACAUCGCUCAAGAUAUUAACCAAGAAAAUCUACAACUGUUCCUCGGUUCAUAUAAUAGUCGCAGAGAUCUGGAGAUUGAGAGGCCCAUACUGGGCAAUAAUGACAACAGAACAAAAACUUUGAAGUGUCCUACAUUACUGGUGGUAGGAGACAGCUCACCUGCAGUUGAAGCUGUGGUUGAAUGCAACGCUCGCCUGGAUCCUAUGAACACAACUCUACUAAAGAUGGCAGAUUGCGGAGGGUUACCUCAAGUGGUUCAGCCUGGGAAGCUGACCGAAGCCUUCAAAUACUUUGUGCAGGGAAUGGGCUAUAUACCAGCAGCCAGUAUGACGCGGCUUCUGCGAUCACGCACCCACUCCACGUCCAGCAUAGGCUCUGGAGAGAGUGUCUACAGCCGGUCUCUCACCAGCACGCAGUCAGAAGGAACCCCAGGAACCCUUGAGCCAGCUGACAUCCUGGACAGGCCACAGACCAUGGAGGUGUCCUGCUAAGCAGAUGCGCCUCUCCUGGACCCCUCCAAGACCUCCCCCGACUGACCAGCCCCAUAAUAUAGCAUUUCAUCCAGCAAACUGGCAUUUACUGUCCUCACUCAUUGCAUGGUCACUUGUAACCUCUUCAUUAGCCUGGAUUGAUGGUUCUUUUAGCCUUUCUUUUGUACAUACCCAGUGAUCCCCACACGGUCACCAUAACAUUCCAGUCUUAGCAGAUACGUCCUUCCCUGUGCUUUCUCAACUAUUUAUCAGAUAAGAUUCUCUGAUCCUGGUUCUCUAUAUGUGUGUGUGUAUGUGUAUGUGCGUGCGCGUGUGCAUAGUUCUAUGAAUUUAGAAUCGCUUUCUUGUUAAGCUUCUGCAAAGGAAAAAAAAGGGACUUGUUUUUUCCUUUCUGUUUUCAGGGGAGAAAACACAGAAUCAAGUUUGUUUGGCCAGGCCGAUGAGUUUUCUUGUGCUAUGUAGCUCUCAUUUUGGUUCAGUUGGUUUGCAAGCUUACUUGGAUUCAGAGUAGUGCUGAGGAAUGUAAAAGGUCAAAAUGAGUAUUCGUACCUCUCCCUCUUAAGGAUAAAGGGAAACCCUCUUGCACAUAGAGGAAAGGGAGGCCGGCCUGGUGCUUCAGUUCAAAUGAAUCCACAUACACUAUUUAUUCUACAGCCAAAUAAAAAGGGAGCAAAAUAUUCUCCACCGAGAAUCUAUGAGCAGUGGCAGUUCUGAUACAGAGUGGAGUUUUAAACUGCACAUAUGGUUUAAUUGCCAGACUCUUUUGCUGCAGAAAUAUUGAAAGCAAAAUGCAGAGCGCUUCCUCUCCAGGGCCCAAAGAGGCGUGGAGACUCACCUGGCCCUCACCUGCUGCUGCAGGGCAGAAGGGUCUGCCAUUCAAACAACUCAUUAAGAAGCCCUUGUGUGGAUGGUGAGGGGCUCAUCUCAAAAGAAUCCAGUCCAGCUCUUCCCAAAGCGAGCAGGAAGCAGUUCUGUGGAUGAAGGGAGUUCUGUAGGCAUUAUCAUGGUACACUAAUAUCACUGUGUUCUGGCAGACCUUAUGCGAGCUCCAUUAAAAAUGACAUUAAACAAUUGUCUGAAAGAUCCUUUGCCUUGUGAACUCCCUUUUUGUGAGAGGGAAGGUGCCUCCAAGGGAAAGUCUCCACCCGGAUCUCACAUGGAGAGAGCCUCAGUGCCAGGGCCCUGGCCUGGCCUUCUCAGCGACAAACUCUUUGUUUAGUUGGCUCGGUGCUGAGUUGGGGGGUGCAAGGGCUCUUGGGGGUAGAUUGCUCUAAACUGCAGAAAUAGACAAGAAGCCGCUGUGCUAGAGUACAACUUUUUACAAAUUAUUAAAUAAAGCUGUAUAUGUCUCAUUGUUA